GUCCAUCUAUGAUCGCCUUCUAGCUAAGGAGUUGAUGAUGUUUAUUGACGUCACCAAUGCCCGUAUCUCGUUAUUACAAUUCCGACCUGCACUCAACUUCGGCGGUUCUCCGAAUUAUUAAAUCGCGAAAUCAAAGAUAAACUAGGUUCAAUAUUGAGUUUUCAAGAAAUAGUACCUGUGCAUAACCAACAUCAUUAUCAAUUACUUCGAAAUACACAAUGCCUAUCGACUACCAGGGUGCCCAAGUGCCAACAAGCUACGCAACAUGUAGCAUCGGAUACAAGGACUCGCACACGCUCCCCGAAAAGCUUAAGGCCAUAUCAGCUGCCGGGUUCGAUGGGAUCGAGCUGUCAAUGCCCGAUAUUCUAUCGUACGGCAAACAACUACGCGGCCAAGAGCCUGACCCCAAAGACUACGACACGCUUGUAGAAAUCGGGCAAGCCAUUAGGUCUCGGGUCCAAGAAAACAAUCUCAAAAUCCUCAUGUUGCAACCCUUUGCAAACUUCGAGGGCUGGCCCAACGGCAGCAGAGAGCGCGAAGAUGCCUUCACCCGUGCGAAAGGGUGGAUGCGCAUAAUGGAAGCCGUCGGUACAGACAUGCUUCAAGUAGGCUCUUCAGACGCAGAGGGCAUCUCGUCCAACUUCGAUGAGCUAGCUGCGGACCUCGCCGAGCUCGCGGAUCUGUGUGCGCAGAAGGGUCUCCGCAUCGCCUACGAAAAUUGGUGCUGGGCUACGCAUGCGCCGGACUGGAAGGAUGUCUGGACCAUUGUGCAGAAGGCGAACAGGCCGAAUCUAGGGCUGUGUCUGGAUACCUUCCAGAGCGCUGGAGGGGAGUGGGCGGAUCCAAGGACCGCGUCGGGAUUGCGGGAGGGAAAAGAAGGGCUCUUCGGGGAGAAGUGGAGUGAGAGUCUCAAGGAACUUGCUGCUACCAUUCCUCCUGAGAAGAUUUUCCUACUGCAGAUAUCCGAUGCAUAUUUGAUGAAUCCGCCGCUAGAGGACAGGCCAGAUGCGCAAGGAUUACGACCUAGGGGGCAAUGGAGUCAUGAUUAUCGGCCUUUGCCUUUUGAUGGCGGGUAUUUGCCUGUCAAGGAGUUUCUUGAUGCUGUCCUGAGGACUGGUUUUAGGGGGUGGUUAUCUGUGGAAGUGUUUGAUGGGCGGGGGAAGGACAAGUACGAUGAUAUGAGCGAGUAUAGCAAGAAAGCUAUGGGAUCUCUGGAGAAGUUGUUGAUAGAUGGCUAAAGUCCGAGUAGUAGCUAUAUGAUUCUACAUAGUACGGUAGACAUAAACUCCGUCUCCGACAAUUAUUCCAAUGGGUUAAUGGAACUAGGCAGUUCACGUUAUUUAUCUAAGAUAAAUACUUUUAUUAGAUAAACAUAAGUCAGCAAAGACAGG